AUGAACGAACAAAGUUGUAGGAGCUGGCAACGUCAACCGUUUCCCGUACUCCCUUUGAACUUCAACUCGAAAGCGCGGACAGCCGGCCGGGUCCGAGCAGCACUCGCCGUUCCUGCCUCUGCUGUCCCAUUGUUGUUGCUUCGCGCUCCUUCUCAAACCGAAAGAAUCAUAAUGUCGUCCCCUACUGCGCCGCAGACCCCCGGCCCCAGUGCCCGUCGCGGCCGCCCGCCCGGCUCGCGUAAUAACACUCCUUCUGUCGCUCGCAUUCGCGAGCUGGAGGUCGCCGCCCGCGAGGGCCAGGCCGCGGCCACCCAAGCCCAAGAGGCGUACGUGAAAAGGCAUUGCAGAAGUCAUCCACUUUCAGCUCCAAGCCAUGAGAUCGAGGCAUGA